AUGAUCAUUGAUCCACUGGAUGUUGAUUUGGACUACUCCAUCAACUUGGCAACCAUUAAGGAGUUGACCGUCAAGUUUCAGCCCCAGAUAGUGAUUGUUGAAUCAGGAGGGGAUAACUUAGCUGCUAACUUCAGUCGAGAGCUGGCCGAUUACAUCAUAUAUGUGAUUGAUGUUGCAGGUGGAGACAAAGUCCCUCGGAAAGGCGGACCAGGGAUCACACAGAGUGACCUCCUGGUAAUCAACAAGACGGACCUGGCCGAAGCGGUUGGUUCAGACCUUGGCGUGAUGAGGAGAGAUGCUGACCUGAUGAGGCAGAAAGGACCAACUAUCUUCUCUCAAGCUAAACAUAUGAUGGGGGUUGAAGAGAUCGCUAACCAUAUCCUGGCUUCAUACCAGUUGACAUGUUGACCUUCAAACAUGCGAAAAGGGUCAAAGAAAUACUCGCUUCAUAUCCAACAACUUGUUCACCUUCUAUGUUUAAUAUACUGUAUGAAAGGGGUCGAGAAGAGCACUAACCAUAUACUGGCUUCAUACCAAUUGACCUGUUGACCUUCUAAAGGCUUAACAUAUGACAUGGGUUCUAACCAUCAAAAGAUAAAUAUAUGAUAGGGGUUGAAGAUGUGGCUAGUCAUAUACUGGCUUCAUACCAAUUGGCCUGCUUACCUUCAAAAGGUCAGGCAUAAUUAUAAAAGGUGUCAAAGAGAUUGCUAACCAUGUAAUGGCAUCACACCAAUUAGUUUGUUGGCCUCAACAAGGGUAAGGCUAAACAUAUGUUUAUACAGGCUUCAAAUCAAACAAUCUGUUCACCUUCCUAAAGGCUAAACAUUGAAGACAUUGUUAAUCAAAUGCUGGUUUCAUACCAAUAGACCUUUUGAACUCCAAAAGGAUAAAUGUAUGAUAGGGGUAGAAGACAUUGCUAAUCAUAUACUCUAAACUCAUUUGAGACAACUGGCAUUUAUCUUUACAGGUAAAUUUUCCAGGUACCACAACUUGCAUUUGCAUGCAUCUUUAACGACAUAAGCCACAUAUGUGACUCGACACACCGAAAUGAGAGACAAGUCGGAAUGUUCCAAAUCCAUUUUUUUUAGUGAUUAUUAUUCCCCGUUUCUUUACCUUUAAUUUGAUAUAUCACUCGACCCUUAAGAGUAAAUAUUAGUAGAGAUAUUAGCCUUAGAAUGCAAGAAGAAUUGGGCUCUUGAAAAUAAAAAUCAAGAGAAAAACGCCUUCGAAGUUUGACUUCCGUUUUGACCCCGCUCCAUGAAAAAAUCUAUUUUGCCACCGCCGAGCUAACCGAAAUGCCCUAGUAACCGCUUGCCAAAAAAGGCGAAACGAUUAACCAAUGAGGAGGCUGCUUUGAGAACAAUAGUCAACUUGCAAGUCACGCGCGACUGCAAGACAAAACAACGCUCCAUGUCAAUCAAUUAUCUUCUACACAUCAGUGGUUAAACCGGGGUUUUAUAAUAAUCUUCGUGAAAGAAAAAGAAUGCCAUGAUAUAAAAGGUUGGACCUAAAACCACGGAGGAGGGAGUAUUCCAAUUGUGCCAUCGGCUUGUUUGAAUGUCGAUGGCGUUUACUCUCACCCGGACUCUUGACAUGUAAUCUAUCAAGCGACUGAAGCGAGUCAUUAUGACCUGAACUUUAACCGCAUGUAAAAAAAAAAACUAUCCCUUGUAAAAAUAA